AUGCCAUUGGAUGCGUGUCGCUCGCUGACAGGCAUCCUGGCAGCCAUCGGGCGGCAGCACACGGUGGAAGCUCUCUUCUGCCUCGUGCGCUGCCGCCCGCUCACACGCCUGUGGGAGCAGUUUGAGGUCACUGCUGUGGCACCGGGCGCAGGCCCAUUGGCAGCAGCGUUACAGUUCCCCGAGUGGUUACCGCGCUGGUACGACGAGAUGCUACUCGCAGUGGAGCAGGAGGCUCGUUGGUGCGUGGCAGCCUUCCCCCACCACGCCUCGCCUCUGCUGCUGCGUCUGCUCACGGCCACGUGGGGCGGGCUCGCCUCCAGCUUCACUGCGCGCGUCGAUGCUGCUGUGUCUGACGCUGCGCUGUCUGCUCUUGCUGCUGCUGAUGCAGCGUCCCAGUGGCGACCAUCCACCCGUCUGGCCAUCCUGCUCGCCCUGCACGCCACCACCACCACCUUUGCCCUCCAACGACCUUCUACGCGCCUGGCCCUGCUACUCGCCCUACACGCCACCACCACCACCUUUGCGCGCAACCUCUCCCGCCUCCUCGCCUCCCUUCCUUCCUCCGCCACUGCCGAUGCCACUAAGCCAUCUUCCUCUGAGAAAAACACACAAGGAGCCGCCGCCGCAGCAGCAGCAGGAGGAGGAGGAGGGGCAGGAGGAGGAGCGGCAGGCGGAGGGGAGAAGGGCAGCAAGAGAAGGGGCAGGGAGGAGGAGGGGGAGCAGGAGGGAGAGGGGCCGGUGAGUGUGGGAGCAGUGGUGUGGGCGGUGUUCCGGCCCUUAGAGCCGUUCAAGCAGCGCUACGGGGACUAUGAGCGCGCACAGCUGGCGGCGGAUCUGGGCGGCAUAGAUCUCAGGCCGGGCAGCGCAGUGAAGCAAGUGGGGCAGCGCGGGCUCGUGCUGGCAGAUGCUGUUCGGCGCAUGGAGGUGAGAGGUGGUGCUGUGCGGUGCAUGUCAGUGUGCUGGAAUAAUCUCUUGGAAUCUUUUGGAGUUCUCAGUAUGACUAAUAUGUUCCUGGGAGGUGGUCUGGAGCUGGCCUUUUCGUAUUUUGCUACCACGCUCCUCUUUCCUGUACCACCUCUACCACCCAUCCCAUUCUGCAUGCUUAAUCUUCCCAUCACCUCUCGCUCUCCUGUCCUCUACAUCUUUCCUCCACUCUUCAUUCACCCCCCUCACCAGGCGGCCAUCCCAGCAGCCAUGGCAGCACUGGAGGCAGCAGUGGAGCGCUGUCUCGCCUUCACAGGGGGCUCAGAGGCAGCAGCGCUCCUCACCGCACUCGACCACUCCAUCCUCCUCUUCCUCUCCCGCCUCUCCUCCUGCCUCCAAUCCCUCCCCCCCAUCUGCGGCCUCUCCCCUCCCCCACCUCCUGCCCUUCCUUCCUCCACCACUCCUUCCGCUCCAACCCGAGCCUCUGGCCCAGGCUCAGACCGAACCAAUCCAUUCUCAGACGAUCCGUUGGCCAGUCUACCGGACCCGGCGGGGUACGGAGCAGGGGGAGCAGGGGGAGUGGAGGAGGAGGAGGAGUGGGCAGUGGUGCAGGGAGCGCUGCAACUGCUGAUGGUGGCAGAGAGUGUGGCGGUGCGCGUGGCAGUGUUUGAAGCCUCCCUCCGCAGCGCCCUCACCCAGCUCUCCCCCCGCUUGGGGCUGGAUGCUGGGGGGGAUGGCGCAGGGGAAGGGGGAGGGGAGGGCGCGGGAGGGGAGGUGAAGCGGGUGGGGUCGGUUGGUGGCGCAGGGGGAGGGGGAGGCGCAGGGGGAGGCGGAGUGGGAGCUGGAGGGGGAGCAGAGGGGAGUGAGGUGGAUGUGGCGGUGCUGAGACUGGCGGAAUAUCCCGACAAGGCUCAGCGCCUCGCCAGGCUGCUGGACGAGCUCAGGGACCCGCGCAUCCAUGCGCUCCCGCGCACGGCGCAGCGAGUGAGAAGCUUCCAGGAAGCAGUGUCAUCGUUGGUGUACGACGUGCUCAUUGCCAAGGUACGGCGGCAAUUGGCAGGGGUCUCUUCCAUGCCGGACUGGGCAUUGGGCGAGGAGGAGAAUGUGUUUGACCUACCAACCUUCAACGCGUACGCUCUACCCUACAUCACAGCCGUGGGAGAAUACCUCCUCACUCUCCCCCAGCAACUCGAGCCUCUCGCCGUCGCUGCCUCCGAAGCAGCCCCGAGCCUGCUCCUGCAAGCCUCGGCAAGCAGCGCGUCGGCAGGCGGGGAAUCCGCGACACCGACCGCAGCAGGGGAGGAGGAUGCGGGGGCGUAUUUCGUCCGGGAGUGGAUGACAAAGGUCGCUGACGGCGCGACGUCGCUAUUCGUGGAGCAGAUUCGAGCGAUUCCCGAGGUGUCAGACCGGGGGGCACAGCAGCUAGCAGCAGACAUAGAGUAUCUAUGCAGUGUAUUGUCGGUGCUGUAUGUGGCUGCAUCGCCUGCUAUUGCGACCUUCCAAGCGUGCUUUGCCACGCCCAAGGCGAGCCUGUCGGAGUUUAUCGCACAGGAGAGCGGUGCUGGGGGGUCGCUGGAUGCCACCACUGCUCGCCUGGUUGCCAAGAUGAGGCGGGUUGCGCGAGAGUGA